CUCAGCUAUCAUCCACCACUUUCCUCUACCAAACCCAAACCCUUACACAAAAGGCACUGCAGACAAACAUGUUCGACCUCCCCAGCGCGAAGCGCGUCCGUCGCGAAGAACUCCUAUCCCGAACAUCCACCUCGCCCUCACCCUCCCCACCCCCCGAAUCCUCCCUCACAGACGUGCACCAACGUCUCGGCGCACUCCUAGACAUCGACUCCCUCCUCGCGCCCCCAUCUGACGACCCAACACCACAACACUCAACCACCAACGCGGACGAAGAAGAAGAACAAGAAUUCGAAUUCCGACUGUUCAGCGCCCCCGCCAAAUCCUCAUCCAAAAACGAAGACAAACCAGCAGCACGAGCAGGAGCAGCCGUCGAAUCAUCCAGCAGCACAACCACCCAAGCCCAGAAACUACGUAUUCGGGUACGUUCGCCGACACCCGGCGCCGUGGGCGUGGAAGAUGGACGCUUUGUGAAUCCGUUUCGAGGAUGGGGGUAUUAUUUCUCUGCGCCGGGGAUGAUGGCCGGGGAAAAAGAGGAUGGGUUACGACGACUGGAGGAGGAGGAGAGGUUGAGGGAGAAGAGGAGACAGUUUGAGGAUGUGGCUGUUUCUGGGGUGCAGGUUGUGGGGUUUUCGGGGGUUUCGUGGCCUGGGUGCCAUUUGCCCUGGAGGGUCGUUACAUUGAAGAGUGAGAAGAAGAGUAAAGGUGCGGCGGUGACGUGUGCGAAGGACCCCGCGGAACGCGCGCCGACGUCGUUGAAGAAGCCUGGCAAGAAGCGCCGGAUUCAGUUGCGGAAGAGGGUUUCGGCUGCGGAGGAGAGGAAGAAGAAAGAGGAGGAGAAGAAGCUGUUGGAGGCGGAGAAGCGGAAUCGGAAGAAUCGCGAGAAGAAGAUUAAGCGCAGGCAGAAGGCGAGAGAGGAGAAGGCGGCUAAGGCUGCUGCUGCUGGUGGUGAGGCACCGGCUGGUCAGAUGGAUGUGGAUGUGUCUUCGGAUGAGGGUAGUGAUUGAGGGGGGUUUCAAUCAUGGUUCUUGGAUGUAUGUAUGUUCUUCUAGCUCAGUUUCGGCUUAUGAUACCCACGUUGAUAUCGAAUCAUCGAUUUGAUUGAUCAGAUUUUUCUAGUUUUUACGAAAUACACUGCGAGUGAGCUGAGAUACUUGCUUGACGCGGACAGACUGAAUUAUUAGACUAUGCGAAUACGCAUGGCUAUUGAAAGCAGUACAGGG